CAGCAUGGGGAUGUGGGGCCUUGGGUGGAGUCAUGGGGUUACUCACUCCUUGAUCUGUAGCAGUCUGGCUUGGAGAGCAGCUGCAGAGAAUGGGAUGGGAGAGACCUCCCUUCCCCCAGCCCAGUGUUGGGAAGGCGUGUGCACUGCUGCCUGUGACUGAUUGUGGGGCUCCCCCGCCUGUCAAAGAGCGAGCAGAGACUCUGGGCCUAGCGAGCCUACGGGCUCCUUCACCCCCCUAGCAUGGGCAAGAAGGGCAAAGUGGGGAAGAGCCGCCGGGACAAGUUCUACCGCCUGGCCAAGGAGACAGGCUUUCGCUCACGGUCCUCGUUCAAGCUGAUUCAGCUCAACCGGAAGUUCCAGUUCCUGCCGAAAUCCCGCGCACUGCUGGACUUGUGUGCAGCCCCUGGCGGCUGGCUGCAGGUGGCCUCCAAGUUCAUGCCAGUUUCGAGCCUCAUUAUUGGGGUGGAUUUGGUCCCCAUUAAGCCCAUCCCCAACGUGGUGACGCUGCAGGAGGACAUCACCACGGAGAAGUGUCACCAGGCCGUGCGCAAGGAACUGCAGACGUGGAAGGUGGACGUGGUGCUGAACGACGGGGCCCCCAAUGUGGGGGCCAGCUGGGUGCAUGAUGCAUAUUCCCAAGCCAACCUGACGCUCAUGGCCCUGAAGUUGGCCUGUGAAUUCCUUUCCAAGGGUGGCUGGUUUAUCACAAAAGUCUUCCGCUCCCGCGACUACCAGCCCCUCCUGUGGAUCUUCCAGCAGUUUUUUCGCAAGGUGCAGGCCACCAAGCCACAGGCCUCCCGCAAUGAGUCGGCCGAGAUCUUCGUCGUCUGCCAGGGAUAUCUGUCCCCAGAUAAAAUUGACAGCAAAUUUUUUGAUCCCAAAUUUGCCUUCAAGGAAGUUGAGAUUCAGGCCAAAUCUGUGAGCGAGUUGGUGACCAAAAAGAAACCAAAGGCGGAGGGAUACGCGGAAGGUGACACAACGCUCUAUCACCGCUUCACGCUGAUGGAUUUCCUCAAGGCCCCCAACCCUGUGGAUUUUCUCUCCAAGGCCAACGAGAUCACGCUGGGGGACAGCGAGCUGGAGCGGCACAGCAUCACCACCGAGGAGCUGCACCAGUGCUGCCGGGACAUCCGUGUGCUGGGCCGCAAGGAGCUCAGGGCCCUGCUGAACUGGAGGACGAAGCUCCGUCGCUUUAUGGCCAGAAAACUGAAGGAGCAGGCCAAGGAGUUGGACAUCAGCUUGAGCUCCGGUGAGGAGGAGGAGGGCGGCGAGGAGGAGGUCGGGAAGACAUCGGGAGCAGCUGGGGAUGGAGCCGCUGAGGAGGAGGAGAUGGAGCUGAGGCUGGCAGAGCUGAAGGCAGAGGAAGUGGCUGAGCUGAAGAGGAAGAAGAAGAAGAUCCUGAAGGAGCAGCGGAAGCAGCGUGAGCGCAUUGAGCUGAAGAUGGACCUGCCCGGUGUCUCCAUCGCGGACGAGGGCGAGACUGGCAUGUUCUCCCUCAGAACCAUUGGCAAGACCCGGCUGCUGAACGAGGUGGCCCGGGGUGAUAUGGCGUCUGCUGAUGCCUUCCUGGAGGCGCCGCAUGAAGAGGAUGACGUGGCCCUCUCGGAGCAGGACGACGCGGACGAUGUGUCUCUGGCCAGCGACUUGGGCUCGGAUGAGCUGGCCGACAUCGAGGAGCGGCUACAGGAAGCCAAGCGGGGACUAGGCCCAAAGAGAGGGACCUUCCAGCAGCUGGCAGAGGAGGAGGGGGAGGAGAAUCCCCUGCUGGUGCCCCUGGAGGAGAAGUCGGUGCUGGACGAGAGGCAGACCACCCUGUGGUUCAGGAAGGAGGUCUUUGCCGGCAUUGAGGACGACGCAGACGAGGCCCUGGAGAUCAGCCAGGCGCAGGUGCUGUCUGAGUGGAAGGAGCCGCCGCCAGGGAACAUGAAGGGGAAGGAGCAGAAGAAGCUGCCCCCAUCCCAGGAUGGAGCUGCAGCAGAGGUGGGGCCCAGGGCAGCCGUAGGGGCUGGUCCCAGCGAAGCCCAGGGCUGGGGGAGCAGUGGCGAAGACGACUCUGACAGCAGCAGCGAUGAGGAGAGGGAGACGUCGCAGAAGGGAAGGAAGCGGGCGCUGGUUGAGCCAGGUGGCUUCGAGGUGGUGCCCAUUGAGGACCCAGUGAAGCGAGCCCGUGUCCUGGAUGCGGAGGGGCUCGCGCUGGGGUCUGUCAUUUCCACCUCCAGGAAAGCCAAGCGGGACCUGAUUGACAACUCCUUCAACAGGUAUGCCUUUAACGAGGAGGAGGGGGAGCUGCCUGAGUGGUUCCAGCAGGAAGAACAGCAGCACCGCCGGAAGCAGCUGCCUCUGGACCGGCAGACGGUGGAGGAGUACCGGCAGCACUGGUGCCAGAUCAACGCCCGCCCCAUCAGAAAGGUGGCAGAGGCCAAGGCCCGGAAGAAGCGGCGGAUGCUGAAGAAGAUGGAACAGAUGAAGAAGAAGGCGGAGGCUGUGGUGAGCACAGUGGAUAUUUCAGAGCGUGAAAAGGUGGCCCAGCUGCGCAGCAUCUACAAGAAGGCCGGCCUGGGGAAGGAGAAGCGGGAGGUCACCUACCUGGUAGCCAAGAAGGGAGUCGGCCGGCGCGUGCGGCGCCCUGCAGGGGUCAAGGGACACUUCAAGGUGGUGGACAGCCGCAUGAAGAAGGACAUGAGGGCUCAGAAAGGAAAAGAGAAGACGAAACGGCGCCGCAAGUGAGGACUCUGCCCCCGAGGGCUGGGCAUGGCCGGCGCCUAGCACCAUGUGCCAGGCUGGGGUAGCUGGACAGCCCACUUCUGAGCCCCCGGCUCCUCAGCCAGAGGAGGAGGGAGACACGCUCUGGAUCAUAAGAGGUCACUUCCUAUGGGCAAUGGAGCCACUUCCUGUCUGCAGCCUCACGGGAACUGGCCAUGCCAGCCUCAGCUUCCUGGCACCACCACCCUUCCCAGGCUUGCUGUGCGCCAGACGAUUGGUUAGCCCUGGUCCUGUGGUUAUGUUGACAUCACAGCUGUCAAUUCUACUCUGUACAUCCACCUUCUAGCCGCACCCCACUGCGUGCAUGUCCCGGUCCCCCCAGAGAGCAAGGCCAGGAGGUUCACAAGCUGCUUUGACUGUUGCUUUCAGCCAGGCUUCCUGCGCUGGGCCAAUCCCUGUGCAGUCCGUGGCCUGGCCAGUAGCAGGGGCUCCUUGGAGCUUGGUCCGGCAUUGCUUCCUGCUUUGGUUGUAGACUGAGUGGGUGCAUGGCGUGGGGGUUCGCUGGGAAAGCAGGAGCUAAAGCUAGGCAGGGGGAGGCGUCCCUGUCCCUUUUUCAUCUCCACUGUCUGGUCUCACUGGGGGACGCAGCACUCCUAGCUUGCUCUGAAAUUAAACCCUGUUCUCUGGGCCUGUUUGCUGUUCCCCAUGGCUCUGCUAGAUUGCGGCCGGGGGAUCCUGCCUCUUCUGUUAGCUCUGUGGCUGGGUGUCUCUUUCGGCCUCCUGGCUGCAGUACCAGCCGGAUGCUGGGGCUGCUGUCAGAGCUCACUAAAGCAGGUGCAGCUGCCAGCAUCAGAUGGGGCAGCUCCCCAAAUGAGCUGUGGCCUCUCCUCUCGGGGCUCUCUCCCAGCCCUGCCUGUCUCAAUAGGGGAAAGGGAGCCGAGCUGGUGACUCCAGAGAAAGGCCUCAAUUGCAGAGCAGCACCCUGAAUUGUGGCCAGUGGGGUGCUAGCUCCUGGGACUGGGGAGGUCGGGAGGCCUGGGUCUAUCCUGCACCUGGAAUGGCACUGUUGCCAAGUGUGGGGGAAGGACCCGUGCGAUGGAUGCUGAGUGCAGGAAAUGGGACGUCGGGGCCACAGGUGCGGGUAGCAGAGGCGCUGAGGGGAGCGGCACCUGUCGCAACGAAGGCGAGAGCUCCGGUGGUGAUGGGUCGGUGCGGAAAACAGUGGUGCCGACUGCACCCACAGCAGCAAUGACUGUGCCGGAAGCAGUGGUGCUAAGAGGCAUCCCCAAGUGAAAUCCUCUCUGCCCUUCGUAAGUGACAAAGAAAGAGGUGACUUAGCAGGCAGCUGGGGAGAUCUACUCCCAUGCUCCUUGGCAGGAUGGUGUCCAUCACACUCGAGGUUUCUAACCGGGGCAGGCACAGCCUUAGAGGUGGAAGAGAUGGCUGCUAGGGUACUUUUUACUCAAGGAUGAAUUGGUCCAAGGAGAAUCCUGCAUCUCUUUAGGGACUGAGCCUGGCCUCCUAGACUUCUGCAUGAGAAAUACUUUCAGUCUAGUCUCCCUGGAUUUCACAGCCCAUUUUGGGAGGGCUCUGAAGUCCCUGCACUGCUCUCUAAUGUGUGUCUGUGUAUCCAAACAAUACAGACACACAUUACAGUGUCCCUCGUUCCAGGCAUGGCAGACCCACAUGAGGAACAUAAUUUAAAUCCUGGGGACUAAACCCCCAUGUACCUGGAGAAGACAGAAACUGUUCACCUCAGAGUCCUACUCCCCUGUACCAGGAUUCAUAAUCUCCAAGGCCAGAAGGGACCAUUGUGAUCAUCCAGUCUGGCCUCCUGUAUAGCAAGGCCAGAGACCUGCCCCAAAAUAAUUCCCAGAGCCGAUCUGUUAGAACAAUAUCCCGUCUUCAUUUACAAAUGGUCAGGGAUGGAGAAUCAACCAUGAACCUCAGUAAAUUGUUGGUUAAUUACCCUCACUAUAAAAAAUUUACACCAUAUUUCCAGUUUGAAUUUGUCAAGCUUCAACUUCCAGGCAUUGGAUUGUGUUCGACCUUUCUCUGCUAGAUUGGAUAUAUGUUCCCCGAUAUUUACAAAUUGUAAUCAAGUCACCCUUUAAACUUCUCUGUCUUAAGCUAAAUAUAUUGAGUUCUUUGUGUCUCACUAUAA